UCUUGGACAGCUAGGUCUAGUACGCAGAAGGACCAGGACACGGGUAUCAUAGCUGUUUGAGUAUGGCGGUAUUUGAAAAAUGGAAAUUGUAACAGGUCUUACGGCGACAGUUAGCAAGCUAUUGCAGUUCUCCGGCUUGUCUGUGAAGAAUGUAUCUGGGACCAAAAAUAUGGAAGAAAAGGCAUUAGAAGUUUAUGAUGUUAUCCGUACUAUUCGAGAUCCAGAGAAACCCAACACUCUGGAAGAGCUAGACGUUGUUUCUGAGAAAUGCGUUGACGUUCAUGAACUUGGAGAUGAUGAAUACCUCAUUAUCAUCAAAUUCUCUCCUACAGUACCCCACUGUUCUCUGGCAACAUUGAUAGGCCUCUGUCUUCAAGUCAAAUUACAACGAUGCCUACCAUUUAAACACAAGUUGGAAAUUUAUAUUUCUGAAGGAACACAUACAACUGAGGAAGACAUUAACAAACAAAUCAAUGACAAAGAGAGGGUUGCUGCUGCAAUGGAAAACCCUAACCUGCGGGAAAUUGUGGAACAGUGUGUAACUGAACCAGAUGACUAGGGCUACCCUGUUGUUACCGUCUUUAACUACUGAAAUCAUACUUCAGCUGUAAGGUUUCAUUCUGUUCUCUGAUCCCAUGAGAAACCUGUUUCUGUGAUGCUGUCUCUAUAAAUUAUAUAAAAAUUAAAAAAGUGCACUAUCAUAUUGAA